UUUCGUGCACCAAAAAAUAAGUUUCCUGUAUAUCUUAAAUCGUGAUUAAAACCAAAUACCGAAUAGUGAUAUUGAAGACUGACAAACAAUUUUGUGUCAACUAUAUGUAUCAGUCCUCCUUCUCGCCCUACAAUAUUACUACUUUUAUUUGCAUAAAAUGCAAAUAAAUUCAAUAAAAUGCUAUACAAAUUAUGAUCUAUAAAUUAUUAUUUAUAUGAGUGGGGGGGGGGGCAUGUACCCCCUGCGGGUGGCCUUGGUAGAUAGGUAACUUCAUUAGUUUCAAGCUGUUGAAACAGUAAGGUUGUGAUAGACAAUAGUAUGAUAUUAUUAUGACGAUAGUAUUUUAAUAAAUAAAUAAUAUUUAUAAAUUUGACCAUACUACUUAUUUACCUAUAUUUAGUAAGGGAAAACCAAACUGGUAUGAAUAACAUGUUGAUAGAUAUUAUAAAAACUCUUCGGUUGCUGAUUAAUAAAAUAUGUUUGAUGAUUCGUAUAGUAUUUUUGCGUUCAGUGAUUGUAAGUGGAAAUAAUCUAACGAGUAAAACGAGUGGUUUUUUUUUUUUACAUUUUAUUGACUGGUCAAAACUUUGUUUACCUCACAUAAUCUUAUUGUCUGCAAUUGUCCACCGUAGGUGCCAUACUACCAUAAUAUAUUAUAUUAAAUGAUACCUACUAUUAAAUUUGAACAGGAAAUGUUGAUUAAGAAAAAUAAUCUUAAUCGACUAAAAAUAUUGUCUACAUAUUUAAUACAUAAGAAUUUAUUAUUUCAGGAUCCGGAAUUUUGUGUGACAGAAAACUCGAAAGACGACAAGCGGUAUCAUCUUGCUCAGUGUUGAAACACUGAGGAUAAUUUUCAUUGUUCAAAUGGACUGUGCAUAAAAUUGUCGUGGGUUUGUGAUGGUCGUGAUGAUUGUCCAGAUGGUUCAGACGAGACCAAAGAGUUAUGUGGACAAUACGAGUAUGGAACAAAUAUGACCAUGGAUUGCGGUAGAGUAAAAAAACAAGCAAUAAACGAAGAAGGUAAAAAUAUUGCAACCAUUGAAACAGCUCCUUGGUAUGUUACAAUACUUAAAUUACAAAAAAAGGCUUCUAAACCAUACUAUUUCUUUUGGUGUGGAGGAACAAUAAUUGCUCCAAAUGUGGUCAUUUCCGAGGCUCAUUGUUUUUGGGUAAAGGGUAUGUUAUCUAACCAAAUAUCAAUAGAGGAUGGACUUUACAAAAUUACUGUUGGAAAAUAUGAUAGAAAUUUUACUAUACUUAACGAUGAAUUUACACAAAUAAUAGAUGUAGAAAUGAUUUACAAACCUAAAGGUUAUAAUGUAGAUUCUACUGCGGUCCAUAGUGAUAAUAUAGCUGUCAUUAUAUUAGCAAGCAAAGUUUCGUUUAGUAAUGGCGUUGUACCGGCUUGUAUUGAUUGGAAUAGUAAAUAUACUGUACAGGAAGGAGCUCAAGGAAAGGCGUUUUUUUGGGAACAGGAAGGAUAUUGCAACAUCACGAAAAAUGACACACAAAGUCUUAAUUUAUUAGAAAAAUCGUUUACAUACAUGAAUAUUAAUGAUUGUCGAGGAUUUUAUUAUAAAGGAGAAGAUCUGACUUAUGAUAAAUUUUGUGCUGCUUCUAAAUUGGGAAAAAAGAUUUGUCCAUAUGGAACUAGUGGACAAGGCUUAAGCUUUUUAUACUCUAAUUCUUAUUUUUUAACCGGGAUACUUUCUCUAAAAAGUAUACAAAAUAACUAUACAGUCCAUGGUUUUACAGAUAUUAAAUACCAUAUUCAAUGGAUUCGUGAGAUUUUAAACAAACAUCUCACAGUGAAUUCGUGUGUUUUACCAGUUAUUGAAGGAGUUGUAUAUUCUUAUGAAGGUUCUAAUGACAUUUUAUCUCACGGGACAUUAAUUAAUCAUCAUCUUACUGUUAUUGAGAAUUGUGAACAUGGAUAUCAUAAGGCUUAUCCCAAAGCUUUUAGGUACUGUCUCGGAAAAGGAAAAUGGUUAUCGAAUUCUGAUCAAUUGUGUUUCAAAAUGUGUCCACCGCUUGAAUCAGAUAGUUUAGAUUUUAAAUGUAGUUUUAAUGGUAAGUAUGCUAGUUGUUCAAAUUUAUCGAUACCUGAUACAAUAGCAACACCAUCGUGUAAAGCAACGUAUACUGCACCGAAUGGACAAGAAGACACUCCGCUUGAAUUACGUUGUCAAUCUAAUGGGAUGUGGAACAAACAGCUAUAUAAAUGCAUUCCAUAUUGCGGUAGAACAUAUGUAAAAAGCGAAGUAUUGAUCGAAAAUGGUGAAAAAGCACGUGUUGGAACUGCACCUUGGAAUGUUGGAAUAUAUCGAUUCAACCGAAAAAAUUCCAUUCAUGAAAUGAUAUGUGGAGGAACAGUUAUUGCUCCAAAUUUAGUCAUUUCUGCUGCUCAUUGUUUUUGGAAUUUACAUAUGUCAUCUAAGAUAAUAUCGAUAAAAGAUGGUCUAUAUAAAAUUGCUGUUGGAAAAUAUGAUAGAAAUUUUACAAUAAUUGAUAAUGAAUUUACUCAAAUAUUGAACGUAGAAAUGAUUUACGUGCACGAAGGUUAUUACGGAUCUUCUUCAUUUUAUGCUGAUGAUAUAGCUAUUAUUGUGUUACCAAACAGACUUUUUUUUAGUAAUGGUGUUGCUCCUAUUUGUAUCGAUUGGAAUGAUAAAUACAAUGUGGUAAAUGGAGAUAAUGGAAAGGUUGUUGGUUGGGGAAGAACGGAAAAAGACAUUCCAAGUCCCAUUUUAUUAGAAGCAUCUUUACCAUAUAUCAAUCAUAGUACUUGCCAGAAAAUGUUUACAGGUGGAUUUGAACUAUUUGUGACUAUUGAUAAGUUUUGUGCCGGUUCUUCAGUGGUUUCAGGACAAUCAGUGGGUCGGGGAGAUAGCGGCGCUGGAUUAUGCUUUUUCCACUAUGAUUCUUAUUAUUUAACCGGAGUAGUGAGUGUCAAGGAUCCAGAUUCAAAUAAAUAUAUCGCAGUUUUUACAGAAAUUAAGUACCAUAUUCAAUGGAUUCGUGGACUGUAUACAAGAUAUAACUAAGUUCAAUAAUAUUAUUGUACCUAAUUUUAUUAAAAUAAUGUAAUACAAUAUUCUGUUAUGAAAACACACUUAGCGACUCCGCAAUAAAUAAAAAUAACGAUACUAAAUUA